AUGUCUUCAUCUACAUCAUGUAUUAAAUGCUUCAUUUUAUCUCCAUUAAAAAUGCAAGUCAGAAAUAUUCAGAACAUAGCACCGAGUCUAACUGACAAGAGUAUAAAGAUAUACUAUGAACAUGUUAUGAUGAAACCAACCAAAAUUCAAGAAAGUCAGUAUACUUAUGAAUAUCCAAGACACUGGGUAGAGUAUGUAGGAGGUGAGAAAGCUAUUGAAAUCAGACAGGUUCGAAGUAUUCCAGCAGGAAGAACAAUAUUAUUGAAGAACUUUAAUGUUUUGAGAUAUAAUGAUGAAACAAAGAAGCAAGAUAGUUUCCCUGUUGCUGUGUAUGUGAACCUAGACACAGGAGAUGACAUGAAAGUUUUUAACACAAAGCUUCAAACGGUAGUGAGAGAACAACUGACUGCGGAAGGGCAUCCAUUACCUUCAGAAGUUACCAUAGCAUAUAAUUUUGAAACAAACUCAAUAGAUUUUAAAGUCAUCUCUGCAAAGAAGUCAGGUUUUACAUUUAAUGAAGCAGAUGUAUAUUCGAAUGAAAACUUCAAAGCUAUUGCAUAG